AUGCCGUUCACGAAUCUUCAUGUCUACGGCCUCCUCGGGCGUCCUGGGACCCGCGUUGCGUGCAAAGAACAUUCCACUGCCUUUUGCAAGGUGAAUAUUCCACUGUCUUUUGCAAGCCAAAAUGGUUUCAAGAGGUUGUUCGGUUGUUAUCAGCUGUGCUGCAAGCUUGCAUCACAUUUGCCUUUUAUUCUAAUCAAACUUAAUGCAAACAUAGAGGUUUCUUCCACAACUCUUGUGCACCAACAAAAUCAUGGACUACUUGCUGAGUACAUCAGUUUAUCUCUAAUUUCAGAUUUGAUGCCCUAA